AUGGCGGCGGUGGUGGUGACAGAAGCAGCAGUGGUAGUGGAGGAAGUGAGGGGAGAGGGAGCAGAGGAGGAGGAGGAGGAGGAGGAGGAGGAGGAGGAGGAGGAGGAGGAGGAGGAGGAGGAGGAGGAGGAGGAGGAGGAGGAGGAGGAGGAGGAGGAGGAGGAGGAGGAGGAGGAGGAGGAGGAGGAGGACGAGGAGGCACCUGGUGGCAUGGGCAGGCCCGUGCAACUGGUGCGGGUUCAUGUGCUGCUCCAUGGCUCGUUUCUGCUGCAUGAUUUCGGCUAA